AACAUUUGGGAGUUACCUUACGAGAAAAGUGACAUUCUUCCCGCUCUAGGAUUGAGUUAUCAUUAUCUUCCAGCUAAGUUAAAACGAUGCUUUAUUUAUUGUUCAAUUUUGCCGAAGGACUAUGAAUUCAAGGUAGAAGAUGUUGUUUUUCUUUGGAUGGGAGAAGGUUUAAUUCCCCAAACUAAGAAUGGGGAAAUAAUGGAAGAGGUGACUAAGGAAUAUUUUGAUGAGCUAUUGUCCCGAUCAUUGUUUCAAAAGUCGGGGAAAUCAAGUUUCACUAUGCAUGAUCUCAUCAAUGACUUGGCUGUGUUCAUGUCUAAAGGAUGUUGUUCUAGGUGGGAAGGAAGGGAAUCUCAUGAAGUAGAAAGAGUUCGCCAUUUGUCAUAUGCUAGGGGAAAAUUUGAUGUUGCUCCUAAAUUUGAGCCAUUAAAGGGGGCUAAGUGUUUGCGGACCUUCCUACCUACCUCUUUAAAUACUUAUCAAGAGUAUUAUCUAAGUAAACAGUUUGUACAAGAUUUGUUGCCGUCACACAGAUGUUUACGGGUGUUAUCAUUGUCAGGUUACAGGAAUGUCACUGAUUUACCUGAUUCUAUUAAAAAUCUCAUUCACUUACGCUAUUUGGAUCUCUCCUAUACUGCAAUUAAAAGGUUACCUGGUGUACUUUGCAGUUUGUACAAUUUGCAGACGUUACUAUUGUCAAAUUGUUCCUCUCUCGUUGAAUUACCUGCAGACUUGAGAAAAUUGAUAAAUUUACAGAAAUUAAUGCUAGGAGGUUGUGCGUCUCUUGCUAAAUUGCCUGUAGACAUGUGGGAAUUAAUUAGUUUGCAUCAUCUUGAUGUGAGUGAAACUAAAAUUACAAAGAUGCCAGCGCAAAUGAGUAGACUAAAAAGUUUGAGAACGUUGACUACUUUUGUUGUGGGGAAAUCUACUGGGUCCACCAUUGGGGAAUUGGGGGAGCUUCCACAUCUUCGAGGAAAACUUUCAAUUCUAAAAUUGCAAAAUGUAGUUGAUGCUAAGGAUGCCGUGCAAGCCAAUUUGAAGAAUAAGAAGGAUCUGAAGGAGUUAGAGUUUGGAUGGGGCGAUGAAGACUUGGAUGAUUCCGAAAAAGUGAGAGAUGUACUUGACAAGCUCCAGCCUUCAAUUAGUUUGGAGAAACUGACCAUUGAAUUUUACGGUGGAACCAACUUCCCGAAUUGGUUAGGAGACUCAUCCUUCUCUAACAUACAAGUCAUGCGUCUUAGCGAUUGUAAAUAUUGUUGGUCGUUGCCGCCAGUUGGGGGGCUACCAUCUCUCAAAGAGCUCUAUAUAGAAAGGAUGAAAUUUGUUAAGACAAUUGGUGUUGAGUUCUAUGGCAGAAAUGGAGCGUCUCUAAUUCAGCCAUUUCAAUCACUGGAGAAGUUGGAGUUUAGUUGGAUGGCAGAGUGGGAGGAAUGGCUACCAAGUGGAAGUGGAGGUCUAGACUUUCCUCGUCUCCAAGAGUUGAGUUUAAGUUGGUGUCCGAAGCUGACAGGAAGCUUGCCUUGUGAUCUGCCUUGCUUGAAGAAGCUUAGCGUGUCUUGGUGUGGGGUUUUACAUGAUCAAAGCCCCACUGCUACUACUAAUACUAGUACUAGUCUUAACUACACAUCUCUUGAAGAAUUGAAAAUAGAAUUAUUUGAAGAAUACCAAACAGGUCUGUUAUCUUUACUAGAGACAAAGCUCUUGUCCCGACUUGAGAUUUUCAAUUUUAUUGACAUACAGUGCUUGCCCAACAUCAAUCGUCUUCAAAGUUUGACUCUCUGGAAUUGUCAAAGGUUGUCGUCGUUCCUUGAAAAUGGCCUACCCACUUCGUUGACAUCAGUUUCUCUAUGGAAUUGUAAGAGAUUAGAAUUCCUACCUCAUGAGAUGUUGGCCAAAUUGACAUCACUUACUAUAUACAACUGUAGGAGAUUAGAAUUCCUACCUCAUGAGAUGUCAGCCAAAUUGACAUCACUAGAGUUUUUGUCGAUAGAUAAUACCUGUGAUUCAAUGAGGUCCUUCCCAUUGGGCAUUUUUCCCAAAUUGACGACACUUAUGAUUGGGAAUUGUGAGAAUCUGGAAUCACUUUGCUUGAUUGAAGAAGGAGCGGUUCAGAAUCUCAGUCAUCUCAAUACCUUGGAGAUCUCAGGCUGUCCAAAUCUGGUGUGUUUUCCCCAGGGAGGAUUGCCCACUCCCAACCUGACUUCGAUGCAAGUUGGUGAAUGCGACAAGUUGAAGUCAUUACCUGAACGCAUUCACACCCUCACAGCCCUUAGAGAUUUGAGUAUAAGCAAUCUUCCAAAUCUGGAGUCAAUUGCAGAAGAUGGGGGUUUGCCUCCCAACCUCCGAUAUUUUUACAUUCAUAAUUGUGAGAGACUGAGUCCUUCAUCUUCAUCAGUGGGAGACUACUAUAAUUGGGGUUUGCAAGCACUAGAAGAAUUUAGAAUUGGUGGUAGGGGAAGUGAUGAAAUCUUGGAAACGUUGCUCAAGCAACAGCUGCUCCCUACCACUCUUCACACUCUCAGCAUCGAGGAACUUCCAACUCUGAAAUCUUUGGAUGGAAAGGGACUUGCACACCUUACUUUUCUUCGAAGUCUAUCUAUUACUAGGUGUAAAAGUCUGGAAUUCCUGCCAGGAGAGGCACUUCAACACCUCACUUCUCUUCAAGACCUACAUAUUAGUCGGUGUGACAGUAUCCAAUUCCUGCCAGAAGAGGGUCUGCCGCCAUCUCUUUCUUAUCUGAGCAUCUACAAUUGUUCUGCCCUGGAGAAAAGGUAUCAGAAUAAGACGGGACGAGAUCAUUGGGCCAGCAUAUCUCACAUUCCCAGCAUCCGAAUAAAUGAUGAAGUCAUCAUCAUAUGAUAUGAGCUCUCUCUCUCUCUCUCUCUCUCUCUCUCUCUCUCUCUCUCUCACAUAGAGAAACAAAGUAUUCUAGUGCGUUUCGAUAUCUCACUCUCAACUCUCAAAUCAAACUCAGGUCAGGACAGCACCUUCUCUUGGAAAGCUUUUCAUUUGCAAGGUUCCUUUACGUGUCAUUUCCAGGGAAGGGUUUACCAUUGUUCAUAGACUUUUGUUUUUCUACAAAAGCAAUUGUCACAACGAGGGGAGACGGAAAGGUUCACCUGGAGUAUCUGGCUUGACACAUUCCUACAGACAGGCAUCAAAUGUCCCAAAUUUUUAGACUUGAGAAACUUUCCCAUGUUUGGAGAUCAAAGCAACUUGUGUAGGCAACCAUGCAUGCAUGAUUUCAGAGUCGGGGCUGAUGCUGUUAUCAUAGAUUUCACCUGAGCUGCUUCACUGUAAAUGCCUUUCUGUGCUCGCUUCUUCUGAUCAAACCAAGCAGGUUCAUACAUUGCAUGCAUCAUGUCAUCAGCAUUUCAGACAGAAAAUGGGCCUUGAAUUGUCUUCUGAGCCAACGGAUUUUUCUAGAAUCUAAAGUGCAGUGGAAAAUUACUGACUUGAUCUACAAAGAGAACAUUUUUUCUGUUGGAUGCUCAAAGUUCCUCUUAUAAGUGGCUAAGUUGCAAUAUGUGGUGUCAUCAAAUGCUCUGCAAAGAGCAGUUCAAGUUGAGACUGGAGUUGAACAAGGAUUAGGUCAGCUGUAUAUUUCGCUUUAAACACCUCUUUCUAUACACAUUUCUGACUGUCUACAUAGAUUAAUUUAUCAGCAUGAUUCUGUGGUGCAUUUAGAACCUAAACAUAAAGAAUAAAUUCCUGUUGUUAUCAAUUUGUUGAUUCGAAUUUGGACUUCUAGGAACAGACCCAGCAUGUUCAUACAUGGCAUGGCUCACUUCAUCAUCUUUUCAGACAGAAAAUCAGCCUUCAACAGUCUGCUGAUUCAAUAGACUUUUCUACAUAUCUCAAGUGCAAUGGAAAAUUGCAGACUUGCAUAAAGAUUCGCAAAGAUUUCUGUUUGAAAUUUUCUACUGGAGGCUGGAAAUGCUUCUUAUAAGUGGCUAAGUUGCAAAAAUUUUAGGAUUGAAGGCUCUGCAGACUGCACAGAGAAGUAUCUUGCUGAGCUGAGGUAUGGAAACGGAAAGCACUAUGGUUAACAUCCACAUUGAAUAGCGGUGAAAAGAAACAGGAUUUCACAAUCGGAUGCUGAAUCUGAACACCAGGUUUUGAAUAACUGGUGUCUUUUUCGCAACGCAUUCACACCCUCACAGCACUUCGACAUUUGGAGAUGACUGAACUUCCAAAUUUAGUGUCAUUUGCAGAAGGCGGUUUACCUUGUUAAUCAAAGUGUAUUAGUCUUAGUCAGCAUUAGAAGUCAGAGUUGUUACAAUCAGUUCAGACAGCUGUAAAGCCCAUGUGCUCAUCACGUGGGUUAGUUAGUGAGAAUACUUAGCACUUAAGCUAAGUCUAUAGUAUAUAAACAAUAGCUUAAGCUUGUACUCAUUCAAUGAAUGAAUUGAAACCUCUGUAUUUCAUUCUCUC